AAGACCGGCUGUUGGUUCUUCAAGCCGUCCUUUUGGUUCAUCUCAAGCUGGCAAAACUGUUCAUGAUGAUUUUUUGGUUGGAACGGAAUUCAAGAGCAUAGAUGAGGUUAAUAAAAUUCAGGAGACAAUGAAUGUGAUUGGGCUUGGUACAGUGAUAAGUUUCCCUCCUGGUGUUGAGUGGUAUUACAAUUCUGGUAAGGAUUGUAUGAAGAAGGUUUCUGUGUUGUAUUUCAUAAGCGAUGGAGAGGAUGGAUUAGAUUUAAGUGAGGAGAAGCAGACAAUUCGAUGCAUAAAUGAUGAGUGCAAUGAAAAAGGUGUUUCUGUGGUUCCCAGGUUGAAACUUCAACUUAGGUUACAAGAUUCUACUGGUAUUGCAUCUCUAACUUGCUUAGAUCAUGUAGCUCGAAAAUUACUUGGAAAGAGUGCUCAAGAGUUGGUUGAUAAGUUUCUUGAUGUAUCUCUUUUGGCUUUAUUAUCUUCCCAAUUUCUAUAAUUUAUACAAUCUCAUAUUGUACCACUGUUUUUACAUCUUAAAUUAUUAUGUAGGGUGAAACGGAUAAUUUGCUACCAGAUGAAAUUAGUAAUUUGGUUGGCAAAAAGAUGGCGUUUAAGAUUGAGAUUUCUCACUUUAAUAUGAAGAAUCAUUACAAGUCAUUCACUGUCAAAAGAUUUUUUGAUGAUACUGAAAUCAUUUCUCAGCUUGAAUCAAAGUUAGGGAUUGACCAUGUUGAUCUUUCAAACUCUAUGAAUAUCUCAUCUGGUGAUUUUGCAAGUGUUGAUACUGUCGAUCUGAAGGAUGAUACCUCGAUGUCACUUAUUGGUUUAAGUGCUGGAUCAAUAUCUUUGGCUACCAAAAAUGCUGAAAAGAUAAGUGAACAUUCUGAGUUGAAGCGUAAUCUUGCGGAGUCUUAUGAUCAUGACGAGUCAACAACAAAAGCUGUUUUAGGUUGCAAUGAAGCAAAGAGAAGCGCAAGACGAGAAAACAUACUACUAACCAGAAGGAUUCUAUACCAUUCCAACAAUGGUUAUGAGACUCCGGUUUCAUUGAUUGAUUCAAGUGCUGGUGGUAUGGCUUUGCGUAACAAAAGGCCAGGAAAGAUGAAGGCACAACCUGAGCUGAAGCGUGUUCUUGUGGAAGAUUAUGAUCGUGACAACUCUGGAAUUUUAAACACAAACUCUACCGAUAUUGAGAGUCAUCGCAGGAGAAAGUUACGAAAGCUGUAUUUGGAUAGAAGAAAGGUUAACAACGGUGUUAAAGAGAAUGUUUUUAAUAACAAAGAGAAUUUCAUCAAAGACAAUCUUUUAUGUAAUUCACUAUCUUUUACUAAUUCUCCCAUUGGAAGUUUUAGAAGCCCUUUGUCUGACAUUACAACAGGUUUAAAUAAUUGCACAAAUACAACACCAUUUUCAAAUAUUACACCAAUAUCUAUUAACCCUCCCAGUUUAAAUAAUUCCAUGGACAAUUUUAACAGUCAACAAAGGCGAAAUUUAAGAAAGACUAUUUUGGAUAAAAGACGAUCGAAUGAAAGUGAUACUAAAAAAGACGAAUUUGUGGGCAUCUCAAAAGAUUAUGUUGAUCACUUAGAUCAAAAUGUCACUUGCCAAAUAUGUCAAGCAAAAUUAUGGGAUGUCGAAGCUCGUAGAGGGAGUACAAAAAUCCAAUUUAGUUCAAGUUAUUCAAUUUGUUGUGCAUAUGGUAAAGUUCAACUUCCUAAUAUGAAGGAAGCACCACCAAGUUAUCAGUCUCUUUUUAAUGGAUUGGAUUCAAAAAGCAAGUCAUUCAUCAAGAACAUCCGUCGAUACAAUUCCAUUGAAUCUAAUAGAGCUUCUUCAUCAAAGUCUUUGGAUCUUGAUCUUCAAGUUAUACAACAUAUACAGAAUAUGUUAGACUCGGAGAAUGUUUUGGUUAAAACAUAUCACAUGGUAAAAGAUUUUUUUAAAGAUAACUGUAACGCUGAGCUAAAGUUGCGGCUCAUUGGAAGAAGGCAACAAGAUGGAAGAACAUACAACUUACCAACCGCUUCUGAAGUGGCAGCUUUAAUUGUUGGUGGCAUUGGCGAUUCGCUAGAAAACAGAGAUAUUAUUGUAGAAACGAAAUCUGGUGGUCUACAACGUAUUAGUGAGUUACAUCCAUCGUAUCUUGCUCUCCAGUAUCCACUUUUUUUCCUUAUGGUGAUGAUUGCUACAGAAUUGAUAUUCCUCAUAGAGAAGGUUCUAAGAUGUGAUACUCUUGAGAACCUCUCCAAUUUACGUAACCAUGGUAAUAUAAAUGUAUCCAACACUGGAAAGCGUGUCAUAUUGCCUUCGUCAUUCACUGGAGGUGCUCGGUAUAUGAUGCAGAACUAUUUGGAUGCAAUGUCUUUGUGUAAGUGGUAUGGAUAUCCAGAUGUUUUUAUAACCGUGACAUGCAAUCCUAAAUGGCCUGAAAUUAAAGGAUAUCUUAAGGACCCCAAUUUAAGUCCUGAAGACAGGACUGAUAUCCUCUCUAGAUUGUUUAAAAUCAAGCUCAAUGCUUUGAUUAAAGACUUGAAGGAUAACUCAAUAUUUGGUAAAGUUUCAGCAGUUGUUUAUACGGUGGAGUUUCAGAAGCGUGGGUUGCCGCAUGUGCAUAUAUGUUUAUUUAUGCAUCCCGAUCACAAGUUUCCAACUGUUGAACACAUUGAUCCCCUCAUUUCUGCUGAAAUUCCUGACCCAAACGAUGAUCUAGAGUUGUAUACUCUUGUCAGUGAUUUCAUGAUUCACGGUCCUUGUGGUCCUCACAACAUCAACUGCCCAUGCAUGGUAGAUAAUAAGUGUUCUAAGGGCUUUCCAAAGAGAUUCCGUGAUCAUACGUCUGUCGACAUGGAUGGUUUUCCUCUCUAUAGAAGAAGAGAUUCAGGAAUAUUUGUUGAAAAAUCUAGAGUUAAGCUAGAUAACAGAUUUGUUGUUCCCUACAACAAAACACUUUUGAAGAGAUAUCAGUCCCACAUCAAUGUUGAAUGGUGCAAUCAAGCUGGAUCUAUAAAGUAUUUGUUUAAAUAUAUCAACAAAGGGCCUGAUCGUGUUACCGUUUCCAUUGUUGAAAGUAACACAUCAAACGAACCCGACCCGCCGGUUGAUGAGAUUAAAAAAUACUAUGAUUGUCGAUAUUUGUCUGCAUGUGAGGCAUCAUGGCGUAUAUUCGCAUUUGAUGUUCACUAUAGGCACCCAGCUGUUAUUCGUCUCCCAUUUCAUCUUCCGAACCAACAAAAUGUUGUAUACAGUGAAGACGAUGAUAUUGACUUAGUCCUUAAUCGACUGUCAAUGAAUUCUUCAAUGUUUUCAUCUUGGAUGGAUUGUAACCAAAGAGAUGAAGUUGCCCGAGAGCUUACUUACGUUGAGUUCCCUACUAAGUUUGUGUUUAAAAAGGAUGAACGUUGUUGGAAACGUCAGAAACCGGGUUUUUUACAAUUGGAAGAAUUCAUGCUAGAAGCAUGUUAUGCUCACGGUCUACUAGAUGAUGACAUGGAAUAUAUAGAAGCUAUCCAAGAAGCAAGUCAUUCAGGCUCCGGUUAUUAUCUUCGCACACUGUUUGCUACGAUGUUGACGUGCCAGACUCUGUCUUUGCCGGAACGUGUAUGGCAAAAAACAUGGGAAUUAUUAUUAGAUGGCAUCCUCUAUAAACAACGACAGAUUUUAAAGUCUCCAGAUUUAUGCCUCACUAAUGAUGAAGUUAAAAAUCUCACAUUGUACGAGAUUGAGAAGAUUUUAAUUCGUAAUAAUUCCAGCUUACGAAAUUUUAAUACAAUGCCUUAUCCUGAUCAUGAAUUGAUUUCUACUUCAAAUAAUCGUUUGAUUACUGAAGAGCUGGAUUAUGAUAGAAUUGAUCUUCAAGAGCAGUUUGAGAACCUUUUAGUUUCAUUAACCGAUGAACAAAGAUUUAUUUAUAAUGAUAUCAUGAAAGCGGUUGAAGACAAUAAAGGUGGUGUUUUUUUAUCAAAAAGGGAAAUUGUUUUAAAUGUUGCCUCAAGUGGGAUUGCAUCUUUGCUUCUUACAGGAGGUAGGACAGCUCACUCUCGAUUUCUCAUUCCAAUUAAUCUGAAUGAAGACUCAAUGUGUACUAUAAUCCCUAACAGUGAUGUUGCAAAUCUAUUAAAGAAAACAUCAUUGAUUAUAUGGGACGAAGCGCCAAUGGUACACCGACAUGGUUUUGAAGCUUUGGAUAGAACUCUAAAAGACAUAUUGAAAUGUGAUGGUUCUCAUAUUCCCAAAGUCCAUAUGGAGGUAAAACAAUCGUAUUUGGUGGAGAUUUCCGACAAACUCUUCCUGUCAUUCAAGGUGGUACUAGACAAGACAUUGUUAAUGCUUCGUUGA